AAUCGACAGCCGCUUGACCAAUCAGAGGGAAGUUAUGUCUCGGCUGAUUCAAGCGGUUAAUAGUUGUGCACUUUCAUACGAUUUGACUUGAUAAAAGUUCUUCCACUCCUGGAAGGAGCUUCAAGAGUCACACCAGCUGUCACGAGCACCGACACCUCCACCUUUGAAACUUUAUAAUGGCUACACGACUUCGACCGAGCAGCAAACGCUGCGCGGUGAUUGGAGGAUCCGGUUUCCUGGGCAGACACCUGGUGGAGAAGCUGCUGGAGCGAGGCUACGCUGUUUCUGUGUUUGACAUCCGGCAGAGCUACGAGCUGCCAGGCGUCACUUUUCACCAAGGAGAUCUCUGCGACAAGCAGGCUUUGCUGUCAGCUCUGCAGGAUGCGUCACUAGUUUUUCACUGCGCCUCCCCAGCUCCAGGAAGCGAUGAUCGCCAGUUAUUUGAAAGGGUCAACGUCGUGGGAACACAAACGGUUAUCCAAGCAUGCAUGGAGGCCGGAGUCCAGAAAUUGGUUUUGACCAGCAGUGCCAGUGUGGUGUACGAAGGGACGGACAUUAAGAAUGGAAAGGAGGAUCUGCCGUACGCCAGGAAGCCUAUUGACUAUUACACACAGACCAAAAUUAAGCAGGAGAAGUUGGUGCUUGAGGCGUGCAACAAGCAGAAAGGUUUCCUCACUGUUGCUAUUCGACCUCAUGGCAUUUUCGGCCCACGGGACCCACAGCUGGUUCCUAUCCUAGUGGACACAGCUCGCCGGGGAAAAAUGAAGUUCAUUAUUGGCAAUGGGGCCAAUCUAGUAGACUUCACGUAUGUGGAGAAUGUAGUUCAUGGACACAUCCUGGCUGCUGAACGUCUCAGACCAGACUCUCCUAUCUGUGGCAAACCAUAUCACAUCACCAACGAUGAGCCAAUCCCCUUUUGGGACUUCAUGUCUGAGGUGUUGGUGGGUCUGGGAUACGCGGCUCCACGCUUUCACCUCCCUUACCGGCUGGUUUACGGACUGGCUCUGCUCCUCUGGCUGCUGACCGUGCUCCUGCGGCCUUUCGUCUCCUUCAAACCCACAUUCACGCCCAUGAGAGUGGCCCUGGCCGGAACCUACCACUACUACAGCUGCGAACGGGCCAAAGAGCACCUGGGCUACAAACCGGUGGUCAGCUUGAAGGAGGGGAUCGCGCGCACAGUUCAGAGCUACCCCCACCUCAAACACGGAGCUUGAUUAUUGAACAACGAAAAAAACUGUUCAUACACAACAUCAGUGCAAAAAACUUGGCCAGGUUUUGCUGAAAGCUCAAAUAGAUGUUAUUUCCCAUUUCCACCAGCAGAUGGCAGCAAAUAGUCCCUUUUUGUGGAUUGUUGAUUGCCAUUCCACCUGUUUAUACAGGUAUACAACAGAGAUGAUUCCACCACACUGCCUUAAUACUCUACAUUCCUGACAUAUGUGUAAAAGGAACUGUUUAAAGGACAGUUUUCAGAAUUUAAGUACAAAAUAUGUAAAACUGGGAUCUAAAAUCGUGAUUAAAACAGGCUGUACCACCAAAUUUGAGCUCCUCACAUCAUUGCGUCAGAAUGCUGGACUCCAGUCUCUGCUAAUAGAUCAUAACCUUCUUCCUUA